CUUGAUAUUACUUAUUUGAGUGAAGUGAGACUAAGAGUCGUGUGUGUGGAUGAGGACUCCUUUCGUCAUUAUGCGUUGGGAAAAGUGGAUUAAUUAAGUGAAAUUCGGAUUUAUUGUGGACGUCUCGCACUGCCCGGAGAUGGACCUGACUUCAAGGUGACUGGAUUCUGUAAGUGGUGAUUGUAAAAGCAUCGAAAGUGUGUGUUUGUGUGAAGUGCUUUCGUUUCAUCUUUAAGCCGUUGGAGUACAUCCAAGAAUCUUCUGUUAUUGUGGAAGCAGUUAUUGUUUCCCAUCUUUGCCAAUCACUCCGUCUACUCCCUCUUCUGUUCAGAGGAGGAACCACCCACCGUAUUGCUCAUUACUGCCUUAACUAUGUGAUUUCGCCUUUGUAUGAGUGAUAUAUGUAAAUAUAUUUUCAAAACUACAUAAGACAGUUUUCCAUCAGUGAAUGUGAUUUACAGUUAAUAGUUUUUGUGCUACUUGGCAACAUGUGCUAGUGUGGAAAAGGAAGUUUUCUAACGUUGUCAAAGAGACUAAAAUAUCAUUGUGCAGAGAAGAAAUUUUACUUUCGUAGUGGGUUAAUUUGGACAUGGUUGAGUUGUGGUAGUAAUUCCAUGGCUCGAUGGCCCCCCAGAUGCCUCAUGCGGGUACCAUGAGCGCCAACACAAUAGGCCGGUCCACUCGAGCUGAUUACAAUAAGGAGGCUUUAGAUCAGAUAAGAGCUUCGUUACAGCCCUAUGCAGCAGGUAUUCCCCGGGAGAGGCUUAGCCCCAUCAGUCCGGGUGCUCAUGGCCAAGGAUCCUUUAAUCUUACUCCAACAGAAGAGGAUCUCCAGAGAGCAUACAAUGGUUAUACAAAAUCAUGUCCUCAGAUAGAAGGUAGCAAAAUUAUUAGAAAGUCAAGUUUUGAUCGUGAACUGAAUUUGCAUCGAGGAAGUCCGGCUCUUGAAAGCAGCAAUGCAAGCACGCGAUCAGAUAGCCCAAAUAUUGGGGGCCAAAUUUUAUAUGGUAACAGCAUGCCUGUUAGGCAGUUUGCUGAAUGCCCUCAACCCAGACUGAGUUGUGGGGACCAAAUGGCUGGUGACAUCAAUCAUCCAGUUGUAUCGAGACAGUACAGCAAUUCUUAUUCAAUUGUUCCAGAGGCCCCUCCUCCCCCACCUCCACCUAGAAGUCAAGGAGGUAAUGUACCACCUCCAACACCACCUAGAGGCACUACUCCACCACCACCACCUUACCCUUGUGCCACAAGCUGUGCCCCCAGCAUGGUAACUACCAUUGGUCAGAGGCCAAUGUUACUCUCAAGACUCUCUCCUGGCCCUUGCAAAACUAAGUCUCAGGCUAACUGUGUAAAUGUAAGUAAUGUGUCGCAAAGCUCAACCCCACAGAGGGGUACUAGUCCUGUUUCUUUUGGUGGAAGGCAGCCAGUCGUGGUGCAGAAUAGUGCUCAGGUACAACAACAGCUUACUCAUCAGAUGCAAGCCCUCUCUAUUAAUAAUGGUAAUAGUUAUGGGAAUCAGUUGGACCGCCCACCUCCUUAUCCUGUAGGUUCAGCAUUAAAACAUGUGGGAGCUGUGAAACUUGCUGCCCCUCCACCUUCCUACAAUGCUACUAUGCAGAAUAGACAGAGCCCUACUCAAGACUCUAGAAAGAGUCCUGCGCAGCUGAAUUUCCAAGGGCAGAGCCCCGUUGUUACUCCACAUCCUGUUUCACCUUCUUCUUUGUCACCUACAUCAUCAAUGUCCCCAGUUUCACUUCCUCGUGGAGGUCAAACGGCUCGUCAAGCAAAAACUCCGACCCCUAUUAUUAUGCAAUCUGUAAAAAGUACGCAGGUGCAAAAGCCAAUAUUACAGACGGCAGUUGCACCCACUUCCCCACCUGUAUCGGCACCACCUCCUUCGUAUGCUUCUUCCAUUCAGCAGAAACAAGCUCAGGCUGUUGCUGCUGCCCAGGCUGUGCCUAAUGUAGUGCUAGCACAAAUGAUACCCCAGGACAGUGGUGUUGCGUCCUCGUGUAAUUAUCCUUUAACAGCAGUAACGUGCAAUAGUGAAGUAGUGCCAACUACUGACCCUCCGAGCUAUCAUUCAACCAUACAGGCCAUGGCAGCUGCACGUGGAUAUAAUCCUGGGUAUUUAUCGCAACCAGUUGCAAGCAUACCUGUUCAAGAAGUGCCAGUGCAGGAACUAGAUUUGUCUUCCACUCCUUUAGCUCAUAUUCCAAUUUCUCAAGUUGGUACAGUUGAUUCCAUCAUCACAACACAACCAUCUAGUGGUGUAGAAACAGUCAGUAGUUGUUAUGAUCCUAAUCUAACUGAAGAUAUUAAUCAUCCUCAGUUACAAAGAAAGUUCUCUCCAGUAAUGGCUGAUACUGCUUCCACGGCCUCUCGAUCUGAGAGUCCAGUUUCUUCUGUCAAUUCUCAUGAUACACAUGCGUUGUCACAAUCACCAAUCUCAUGUCUUUCAACUGCGACCUCAUCUCCUUCUACCCAAUCAGAUUUAACUUUAGAGUCGGGCUACUCAAGUGGUCAGUCAUGUAGGGGAAUGCCACCACCACCGCCUCCAACAGAGAAAACCACUCAUCAAUCUCCAAUACCAGAAAGAAAAAAGUUGAGCACAGAAAUGGAAAUGCAAAGAUGUGAAUCCAAAGUUCGAAACUUAUCACCCCAUGCAUUUAAAUUUUAUAUGGAACAACAUAUUGAAAAUGUAAUAAAGAGCUGUGAGGAGAGAGAGAACAGAAGAAUACAGCUCGAGAAGGAAAUGAAGAAGAUUGGGUUAUCAGAUAAGGAUCAGUCUCAAAUGCGCAAGAUGUUAUCUCAGAAAGAAUCAAAUUUCAUUAGGCUUAAACGAGCAAAGAUGGACAAGGAUCUCUUCCACAAAGUAAAAACAAUUGGUGUUGGAGCAUUUGGUGAAGUAGCACUCGUAUGUAAAAUAGACACCCACCGACUGUAUGCUAUGAAAACGUUACGUAAAGCAGAUGUUCUUAAGCGUAAUCAAGUAGCCCAUGUAAAGGCAGAAAGAGAUAUCCUUGCUGAAGCUGACAAUGAAUGGGUUGUCAAGUUGUACUACUCUUUUCAGGAUAAAGACAAUCUUUAUUUUGUUAUGGAAUACAUACCUGGUGGUGAUCUCAUGUCCCUUUUAAUAAAGUUUGGAAUAUUUGAAGAAAAACUGGCAAGGUUUUACAUUGGUGAAUUGGUAUGUGCAAUAGAAAGUGUCCACAAAAUGGGUUUUAUUCACCGGGACAUUAAGCCUGAUAAUAUUUUAAUCGACCGUGAUGGACACAUUAAACUAACAGAUUUUGGUCUGUGUACAGGGUUUAGGUGGACGCAUAAUUCAAAAUAUUACCAGAGAAUGGGUCAUGAUCGACAAGAUUCCAUAGAUCCCUGUGGUGACAAUGAUGUGGUCUGUCGUUGCAAUGACUUAAAACCCCUGGAAAGGAGGAGACGGCGACAGCAUUUGCGCUGUUUGGCACACUCACUUGUUGGAACACCAAACUACAUAGCUCCAGAAGUGCUUAGCCGAACUGGUUACACACAGCUGUGCGAUUGGUGGAGCGUAGGGGUUAUUUUAUAUGAGAUGUUAGUGGGCCAACCACCAUUUUUAGCAAACACCCCUCCAGAGACUCAGUACAAGGUCAUCAACUGGGAAACUACUUUGCGCAUUCCUAAGCAGGCAAAAUUGUCUCCAGAAGCCAAGGACUUGAUUUUAAGUCUGUGCACGCAUCCUGAACAACGGCUAGGGCGAAAUGGUGCUCAAGAAGUAAAAGCUCACCCUUUCUUUGAGGGACUUGAUUUUGAAGGCGGUUUAAGAAAGCAACCUGCUCUUUAUACACCCAAGAUUAAGUUCCCCACGGAUACCUCAAACUUUGAUCCGAUUGAUCCGGAUAAGCUUAGACCAAGUGAACCUAAUGAGAGUGAUGUUGAGUGGGUCAACAAUAGUAAUCAGCCUCUCCAUGCAUUCUUUGAAUUCACUUUCCGAAGGUUUUUUGAUAGUACCCCUGGAGGAAAUGGAAAUGAUGAAAAGGACAGUCAGCAUCCAGUUUAUGUAUGAUAGCAGUAUUUGGUGGCAGCUAUAAUGUGAUAAGAUCAGAGAUUUUUAACUCUAUCAAAUGAAUCCUAAUUGUCAAAUUAUAAAAAAAAAGUUAUUUUGCUAAUGGCAGAGUAAAAUUCUAUUUUUGUUAAAACUUUGGUAGUUCUAAGCACUGUUUCUUGAACAAGAGUUGUUUGGAGUUCCUGUGCAAGUUGCAGUGCAUAGGCUAAAUCUACCACAAAGAUUUAUUAGGAACUUAGGACAUUUGGCAAAGAGGAGUAGCAAUCUCAUGUUGUCAAACCCAGUGCUGGGAAAAGCAAGCUGUGAUUUUUGUAUAUUUUUGAGUGUUAGAUAAUAUGGUGAUAAUAUAAUAAACUUGAAAAGCAGGGUAUGUAUAUGGGACUUUAUGAACCAAAGAAUCACAAACAGAUUGAAUAUCAGCUAAUAGGGACACAUUCCCAGUAUCUUCCUCCCUUUUCCCCCCUAGAAUGCUUUUGAUUAUUACUAUUAAUAGUAAUUUGGUGCCUUCUGUAGCGUUUUAUUGCUUCAUUUUAUUAUCGGUCAAUCGUGCUUCAUAUCAGGGUGUACAGAUGUUCUCACUCUCCUUCCUAUCAUACAAUGAUAAGAAGCCCAGAGUCAGGACGUGCAUUAAGUUAAUUAAUACGAUAAAUGUCAAGAAUAUGCUCUCACUUGUCUUGAUUACUACAAGACCAGUCACUACUAAGUCCCAAUUAGCAGUGGUUUAAUUUGUUAUAAUUUUUUUUUUUUUAAUGUAAUGCACCGUCAUUAAAAUACUCGUAUGUUUGUCGUAGACAAUUGUACAUAUAUUUUUGUAUUGUAUACUUAGGUCUUGAGUGGAUGAACCAGGUUUUUCAUCUCCAUAGAAUGAGUGUCAGGGCUCUUGGAAAACAUGUGUAAGAGAACCACCUUCCACCUUGCAAUCAGUGUCUUCCCAUUUGGGAUAUAGGGUCUUUCCUCAAGUGUCUUCUAUAUGAUUACUAUUGUGGUAGUUGUCUACCCGAAACAUUUGUAAAUUAUGUAUAGCCUUAUCGUGUAUGUUGUAAAUGGCUUUAUGUAAAUACUUGCAGAUAAAAUUAUUUUUCUUUAC